UACACAAUUACAAAUAAAAAAAGUCAAGAUCAUAAAUUAUUAAUAACAAUGGCAUCAAAUAUUGAAGUAUUCUUGAAAAUAAACGAAAAACAAUACGUCUGUAAUAAAGAAGAUUUAAUAAAUAACAGUGAUUAUUUUAAUGCCAUGUUUAAAGGAAAUUUUGAAGAAAGUUACAGCAAUAUUGUCACUUUAAAAGAUGUCGAUCCACUCGGAUUGGAAUUACUGUUGGAAAUGUUGAAAAAUAAAAACUUUGAAUUGGAAAUGGAACAUGUAUUAUUAAUAUUGGACACAGCAUGUAUAUUACAGUUUCUUGAUAUAAGAAACAAAUGCGUUGAUUUUUUAACAACGAAUUUAUCUCCUUCAAAUUGCUUAAAAACAUGGAUUGCCACAGAAUGUCAUGGAAUAGUUCCCCUCUCCUUAAAAGCAAAAUGCAUGGCACUUAAUGAUUUUCAAGACAUAAGGUACUCAGAAGAUGUUGUUGAAUUAAAUUUAAAUGAUUUAAUAAGGUACCUGGGGCAUAAACAUUUAGAAACAACAAAUGAGGGUACAGUAUUUGAAGUUAGCAUGAAUUGGUGGUCAGAAAAUAAUCAAGACUUUGAAAGGGACAGUAGAAAUAAUUUAAUUAAACUAUUAAGUACAAUUGACUGGAAAGGGGUUUCAGAUAAGGAGUUACAAAAAAUAAUGAGUCACAGUAUUUUUCUUGAAUAUCCUGCUUUAAAAAAUGUUCUGGCAUGCAUGAUUUUAUUUAAACUGGGUAGAACUGCAGAAGAACUGGUAGUAUCAAAUGAAGAAAGGGAAUUGGCCAAAAAACUAUAUGACUGCAAGAGAAGGUAUUCCUUAAAGUACCCCUGUUUUUUGGCAAUAAGGAAAUGUCUGGGUGAGAAAAAAUCAGAGCCACCCAAAAAAGUUAAAUGUGAAGAAUACAAGACAGAAGUUAUUUAUCAUGACAUGAAUAAAAAUAGCUUUAAAUAUUUCUUUCCUAUUGAUAAACCAGAGCAUAUUAAUCUGGAAGGCUUUAAAUUAAUUGGGUAUAAACAUCAAGUUCUAGUGUUUGGUGGAGAAUAUAUACUGGGAAAAGGAAAUUGGAAUUAUAGUUUUUGGGCGUAUGACACCAUAUCUGAAAGAUGGCAUCAGAAAACUGUAUUACCUGUUCCAAGAAGGCAUUUCGAAUCUUGUAUGGUGGGAGAUUUACUGUUUAUAAUAGGCGGUACCGCUAACUUUAGAGUUCUCCAAGAUAAUAUGUAUUAUUUCGAUUUUGAAAAAGAGGUUUGGAGCAAAGCUAUUAAACUGCCCAUAGCUGAUAGUCAGACAAAAUGUUGCGACUACUUAGGGAAACUGUUUAUUAUAAAUUUAAUCAAUAAUCCACCUGUGUAUGCUUUUAAUACAAUUACUUCAAAUUGGUUUGCAAUAGAUGUGAUAGAUAAAGAAAAUGUCCUUGGCACCCUGAUGAAUUAUAACGUGUUUUCAAAUUGUAACUCGUUGUUCAUUAGAGGAUACUAUGUGAUAGUAGAAUUAAUAUCUGUAAAUUAUAAAACAUUAAAAGUAGGAAAAGUAAUAAAUUUAAGCAAAGAAUUUUCAUGCGACGUAAUGGAGUCUAUGUUGUGUGGGAAUUUAAUAUACACAAUGUCCAAAGAUAUAGCUGCUGAAUGUGAUACAUAUUCAUUGCAACAAUACAAUCUUGAAACACAAGAAGCAAAAUAUGUGUUUCAUAAUGUGCCAGAUAGUACCGAACUGGAUGUAGACGAUCGGGACUUUAAAAUAAAACCGUAUUUAAAAGUGUUUCCUUUUAGACACUAUAAAUUGGCUGAAGAUGAUUUAAUAAAUGAUAAAUUUUUGUGAUUUUUUAUACAGGAAAUAAAUUUAUUUUAGUUAAUA